AUGUCUGUUUAUUUGCCCUGUUCUUUUUCCCACCUCACAGAAAUUGCACCAUUUGAGCCAUGGCCAGGAUACAACGAGCUUCAACUUGGUCACUGGCGUCCAACCCCUGCUGGCGUAAUCGACACCAUGAAGAAGUACCCGACCAAGAUCCCUGAUGGCGCUGUCACCCAUCUUCGAAAGCUGCGCAUCUCUGGCCUUCGCCAACUCUACUGCAACAUCUUUGAAGCUCUGCGCCAGCCUGUCGACUACAUCGCCGAAGAAGACAUCACUCUUGAGGCCGUGGACAGUCAAGCAGGCCGCAACAAGAAGCGCAAGGUUGUUGUCCGUCGCGCAGGAGACCCAGUACUUGGAUGGCACCUCAUCGCAAGCAUUCAGAUCGGAGAUAUUGGGCAAAGGCGAAGGCUGUCUUCAUACUUCAGCAUGCAGAACUCUUCAGCCUCGCCAAAAGCAAGACCGACAUCAACAAUACAUGGGGAACUUGAUGUGUACGGCAGAUAG